UGAGACAAAGAAAUGAGCAUGAGUGGAAGAGGAGGAGGAGGAGGAGGGAGCAAGACGAAGCAGAGAAGAAGAGAUGGAAGCGGUGUGGGGGAAUCAUCAGGAAGGGAGUUUCAGAUGCCUCUGCACUAUCCAAAGUACACCAAGGCUGAUUACGAGACAAUGCCUGAAUGGAGACUCGAUUCCUUGCUUCAACAGUACGGCCUCCCUCUCUCUGGUGAUCUUCAUCAAAAGCGACUCUUCGCCAUUGGAGCCUUCCUCUGGCCUUACUCUCACUUCCCUUCCUCAUAAUCUUCCCACUCACUUCAUUCUUAUUCAUACCCUUCCUCUCUUCUUCUUCUUCUUCUUGAAUUUAGAGAAGCAAGUAUUAACGCCCUCAGUUACAAACAGGAUCAAACCCACAACCUCGUGCCGGCAAAAAAGGUUUUCAUGUCACUACGCUGCACAAUGCAAUUGAUAUAUGCUUUGUUAUUUCAUGAGCUUUCCAUUGCAACAAACCCUUCUAGCUUUCAUGGACUAAGGACACAAGUUUUGUAUUAUUGACCAUAAUCUGCAUCAUUUUGAAUCGUAUUCCGUGUUUACUUUUUGCUACUUUCCAGAGGCUAAAAUACGAGAGUUCAUGCGUGAAAUGAAUCUCGAGUGCUUAUUAAAGUUAGA